AUGAUUCAUGUUAACAACAUUACUGAAUUUAUCCUCAUUGGGUUUCCGACGCGCCCUGAGCUUCAGUUUGUUCUUUUUGUAGUCUUUCUGUUUACCUAUGUUCUAACUAUUUCAGAAAACAUGAUCAUCAUUGUAACAGUCAAACUUCAUACAAAGCUUCACAAGCCAAUGUACUAUCUCAUGAGCAGUCUAUCAUUUUUAGAAAUGUGGUAUGUUACUGUCACUAUACCAAAUCUUCUCUCCAACUUUAUGACUCAAAACAAAAAGAUAUCAUUUAUGGCUUGUAUGAUUCAACUGUACAUUUUUAUCUCUUUGGCCUGCACCGAAUGUGUCCUUUUAUCAGUUAUGGCUUUUGAUCGAUUUGUUGCUAUCUGUUUACCUUUACGCUACACCACUAUCAUGAGCAACACAUUAUGUUUUCAAAUGGCCAUUGGGUCCUGGAUUCUGGGAUUUUCCACUGCUAUGGUCAAGGCAUUUUUUAUCUUCAGGCAGUCUUUCUGUGGCCCCAAUGUGAUCAACCAUUUUUUUUGUGACAUUUCCCCCUUGUUAAAUCUUUCUUGCACUGACAUGUCCUUUACAGAGUUGGUGGAUUUUAUCUUGGCAAUGGUAAUAAUUAUGAUUCCGCUUGUGUUCAUAAUUUUCACUUACAUGUGCAUUAUUUGGACUGUUUUGAGGAUCCCAAACAAUCAAGGAAGGCAGAAGACAUUCUCUACCUGUGCAUCUCAUCUUACUAUUGUUAUUAUAUUCUACACAACCACAUUGUUUAUCUAUGCAAGGCCAAGGAAGGCAAACCCAUUCGACAGCAACAAACUGGUGACUAUAUUUUAUUCUGUUGUAACCCCACUUUUAAACCCAGUAAUUUAUUGUUUGAGAAACAAAGAGGUAAAAGUGGCAUUGAAAAAGACGCUUAGCUGGUAG